ACUGGAAGACGAGAACGCGAUAUGAGGGAGGCACUUACUUGUGCGUCUCUAUAAGCCCACGUCUAGCUCCUCGUCACUUGGUACUUGCAUUGCACAGCAUCCUUAUCUCACUACACAUCACCUAGCUCCAAACUGCCUAGCUCUCCGGAACUCUCUUCUCCCACAAAGCACAAACCUCACCUGCAAUGGCGUCCCAAGCCAUCGAGAGCCACCGUGCCGGCGCCGACGUCGUCCGUGGGGAUGCGGCAGCGUGCAAGAAGGCAGCGGUCGAGUUGCUCGGCGACAUCGGCCUCCCCAAGGGCCUCUUCCCUCUGGACGACAUGCAGGAGUUCGGCUACAACCGUGAGGCCGGGUUCAUGUGGCUCGUCCAAGGGAAGAAGAAGGUGGAGCACACGUUCAAGAAGAUCAAGCAGGCGGUGUCGUACGCCGGUGAGGUGACGGCGUUCGUGGAGAAAGGCAAGCUGAAGAAAAUCGCGGGGGUGAAGACCAAGGAGCUCAUGCUGUGGCUCAGCGUCGUGGAAGUGUACGUCGACGAGUCGGCUCCUGGGAAGGUCACCUUCAAGACUGGCACUGGACUGUCCGAUAGUUUUGAUGCAACUGCGUUUGACCUUGGCAUGUGAGAUGGAAGCUGCCCGUACUGCCUUUUUUAAUACUCCGGUGAACACAUGUUUCAAGUUUUGAGUAAAGUUCUCUGAUCAUUUGUUUCGCAAUCUAAGUAAACAUUUGAAAUCAUCAUGUUCCAUGCAUCAACAUUUGGAGCUUAUAGGAACUGAGCCUGCCUAUCUCGGUUAAGA